CAUUGUACGUUUUUCUUUGAUCACAUUAAGUUCAUAAAAUUUCAACAACACAAUCGGAACAGAUAAAUAUGUGGCUUUUAAUAGCAUUUCUAGUAUUUGUGUUAGUUUUGUCUUUAUUUCAUUUGAAUAAAACUUACUAUGUUUUGGCGUUCUUUUCCAAACGCAUUCGCACCGUAAAUGGUGAGGACAUUGAAAGGAUUUUGCCAACUUUACCUGGAAACACCAUAUUUGGAAAUACCUUUGACACAUUUGGGUUAGACUUUGUGCAGACAUUUAAAUUUUUUCGCCACAAUGCGACGAGAAUGCAAGGCAGCUAUGUCACAUACAUGGGUGGCAAAACCCUUCUAAAUGUCCUCGAUGCCGAUCUAGCCGAAAUGGUGUUUACCAAUAGCAAAUUGAUAACGAAAGGGUUUUCCUAUAAAUUCCUACAACCUGCUUUGGGAGAGGGUCUGCUCAUGUCGACAGAUGAAAAAUGGCAUGGCCGACGUAAAAUGCUAACUCCAGCCUUCCAUUUCAAUAUAUUGAUGAAAUUUCAGGAAAUUGUCAAAGAAGAGAGCAUAACAUUUGUGCAGCGUAUGGAGAAUUGCAAAGGAAAUGAGGUUGCUCUGGACAAGCAUGUACAAAAAUUUACUUUAGAUGUCAUAUGUGAAACCGCUUUGGGUGUUAAAUUGGACGAGUGCCUUAAUGGCGAUAAAUACCGUGAAAACAUAUCAGUCUUUGAGGAAUCCUUCAACAAGCGUUUGCAAUAUCCCCAUCUAUGGCUUGACUUUGUCUAUAAAACCCUAGAGGAAUUCAAAUAUUUGCCUGCCCUAAAAAUAGUCCAUGAUUUCUCCAGUGAUGUUAUCAAGAAAAAGAGGCAACAAUUUGCCCAGGAAUUUCAUAGCGAUGAGACUUCAGAGGAGCAGUUAUAUCAAAAGAAACGAUAUGCUCUGUUGGACACCUUGCUGCGUGCCGAACAGCAGGGCCUUAUAGAUCAUGCGGGAAUAUGCGAAGAGGUGGACACUUUCAUGUUUGGAGGAUUCGAUACCACAUCAAUGACUUUGAUAUUUUGCCUCAUGAACUUGUCUCUCUAUCCUGAAAUGCAGGAAUGCUGUUAUCAAGAAAUUCUAGAGCAAACAGAUUCGGAUUUGAGUACUUUGGAUAUAACUCAGCUAAAUAGGCUGAAAUAUUUGGAAAAUUUUCUUAAGGAGUCAAUGCGUAUGUACUCCAGUGUUCCAACAAUAAUGCGAACUGUUGUUGAGGAGACUUCACUAUCAAAUGGAUUGAUAUUACCUGCAAAUUCAUACAUCAUGGUGCAUAUAUUCGAUUUGCAUCGAAAUCCCAAAUACUUUGAUAAGCCUGAUGAGUUUAAUCCAGAUAGAUUUUUACCAGAGAAUUCUGUGGGCCGACAUCCUUAUGCCUAUACUCCAUUUAGUGCCGGACAAAGGAAUUGCAUAGGACAAAAAUUUGCCAUGUUUGAGAUGAAAACCCUACUGGUUCAUAUUCUCAAGAACUUCAAAAUUCUACCAGCAGUAGAUGCGGAAACCUUGCAGUUCCAAUCUGGGAUUAUUAUUAGAACUAAAAAUGAAGUAAAAGUGAAGUUUGUUGAAAGGCAAUAAAGAAAUUCCAUGUCUGAUUAUACUUUUUU